UUUCUUUUCUCUCUUUUUCUUUCUCUUUUUAUUCCUCUUGUCUACAAACAGUUCCCCAAUACCACUCUUUUACUCUAUCCUUUUUUUUUUUCAUAUUCUACUUUCCUUUACAGUCCCUUUUUUACUAUGACUUGUUCAGCCUUUGUCCCAUAUUCCAUGAUGUCUGCAUUGCCAUCACCCCCGCUUUCUAACCAACAAAAGCCAACUAUGAUGAUGGAUCGAGCCCACAGUUCUGACAGACGUUCCACAAACCGCGAUGUUGCAGAAUUAAGACCUUUCUUGAAUAAUAACAACAAAUCAGAGCCUUGUUUACUUCCUCCUAUUCAAGCGGUCAUGAUGAAUACACCUUAUCCUAGUCCUUCACCACCUUCAAUUGCUGACCAUUACUUUUCUCCUUCAUCUUUUUCUUCUUUAGAUGACGAGCAACAAGAUGUACGAAGAAAAGGAUCUAUUGCUUCAUUACUCAACUCGGAUCCGGAACUGAAGCAAUUGGAUUCUAGCCGAUAUGAUUUCUUUGACACACUCCCGCCAUUAAAGAGAGGUAGACCAAAACAAGAUGAAGUUAUGGAACAUCCACAAAAGAAACCUUGCCUUGAAGACAACAGCAGUCUUUCAUUUUCUGCUCGCUCAACCAAAGGCCUGCGUCAUUUCAGUAGGCAAGUGUGUGAUAAGGUUGCUGAAAAAGGAAUUACAUCCUAUAACGAGGUGGCAGAUGAAUUAGCGUUUGACAUUCAAAAUUCUACUGGAAGAAUCCAUAAAUCAAGUUAUGACCAAAAAAACAUUCGACGUCGUGUCUAUGAUGCUUUGAAUGUACUGAUGGCCAUGAACAUCAUUCAAAAAGACAAAAAGGUCAUAAAGUGGCUUGGUAUACCUGAAUGCUAUCAACAAACUAACAACGAAAAAGCACUAUUGGAACAAAUUGAACAGGAAAAACUUCGUCAAAGAGAAUUGAUCGAGUCUCUUCAAAGACUCCGUGAAUCAAUCAAUGGCAAGUUACAAAAGCAUUUAAAUAUCCGCAGUCUUAUUCUAAGAAACCAAGAUAAUCAUACGUUGUUUGCACAGCAAUCUAGUAGAAUUGCCCUGCCUUUCUUCAUGAUUGCUUGUAAGCAAGAUGACACUAUAAAUAUAGAUAUGAGCAUAGACAGUCGCUCGGCCAUGAUCUCUUUUCACCAAGCUUCAAGUGAGCUGAACAGCAACAUUGUUUAUGAAGAUGCUGAUAUCCUAAAUCACUUGAGACUCAACAGCACUCUAUGUUCGUAACUAUAUUUUUUUCUCGGUUUAACGCAAAAAAAAACAACCCUAAAAAAAAACUUAACACUGUGAUACCUUUUUGAUAUAUACCACUUUACAACAUGUAAAGGAUCAUUACUCUCCUUUUUCUAUAAUAUUUAAUAGCACAACCCAUCACAUUUCCUUUCUUAUGCGCCAAGUAAAUAAAAACAGAGCUAUUUUUUAUAUCCUA